AAAGUGCUCAAGCCCAACCCACCAAUUUAUAAAUACAAUUACAAUAAAUAAAGUAUUUAUUGACAUAACGUGCGCCGUAAAUGUAGAUUCGAAAGAUCAUUCAGGGCAUCUCUCGGACAAAUUUUCUUCGUGAUCUCUUCCAGUCUUGGUUGAAAUUGAAUCUUAUGUGAUCUCGGAGAAACACAGGAGAAAAUUUCUCGGCGGUUUGUCUUGUGUUGUAGUUAGAACUUGAGGCAUACACGGAGAGAGCAAUUGGAGCUGAAAGAUUUGUGAGAAAUGGCUUCGGUGCUGUUGUUAAUUGCGGUUUUUUUGCUCGAUCUGAUUGCUUUUGGGCUUGCUGUUGCUGCUGAGCAAAGAAGGAAUACUGCCGUAGUCUUAAAAGAAGCAGAUUAUAGUUAUUGUCAGUAUGAUUCGGAUAUUGCUACUGGCUUAGGGGCAGGUUCAUUUGUAUUACUCUUGGCUAGUCAAGCCCUUAUAAUGGUGGCCAGUCGAUGCUUGUGCUGUGGAAGGGCUUUGCGGCCUGGUGGGUCCAGGGCAUGGGCAGUUUUUCUAUUUAUAUUUUGCUGGGUGUUCUUUUUCAUUGCCGAGGUGUGCUUACUGGCGGGAUCUGUGACAAAUGCCCACCACACCAAAUACAGGAAUCGCAUCUCUGAUACUAUUUCGUGUGAGACACUGAGGAAAGGAGUCUUUGGGGCUGGGGCUGCUUUCAUUGUUCUCACAGGCAUAGUCUCUGAACUUUACUAUGCUAGCUACUCCAAGGCUCACGAUGGUCAGAUUCCCUACGGUAGAGACGCUGGUGUGAGAAUGCAAAACCUUUAGCUCUACUUAGUCGCUGAUUGGUGUGAACAGUACAGAGAGACUUGGAUGAGCUUGUUGUAAUAGAACAUAUGUUUGAUUGCCCGUUCAUGUAGAAUUUUUAUUUUUUACUUCCAAACCAUUGAGAAUAAUGUUUAGUUCAUUUCCCCCUUUU